GCCUGAAAAGACAACAGUGUUGAUCUUUUUAUCUAUGUAUGCAUUACGGAUUAUUGUCAUGUCAAUAGCGUGACUAUACUCAAUGUCAAUGUAUGAAACAAGGAAGAAGCUUGCUAUAUUAACGUUAGCCUGUUUACUUGUUUAUCCAGACGUGAAUUUCAGUUGAAUGCAGUACAAAAAGGAUUUUGUUAGCAAUCACUAUUAACGUUAGUAUUGUAUCACUUCUAAGUAAUUCAGUGAUAGAAUGAGAAUACACACAGCGUAUUCAGCCCUUAAGGCGAACUUUGCUACUGGUAGAUAUCUAGGCUAUAGCAGGAAUGCAGUUAACGCUUAGCUGAGACUGCCUAGCUUUAUCUUGCGUCGUGGACUGCACAAUGCAAGUGGAAUUGUUUUGAAAGAAUCUUUGGUUAAGGCGGCUUCCUCUGUGCUCAUGAAUGGAAAAGAGGCAUGGGAUACUGGCGGGCCGCGUCCACAGAAGUUGGCCAAAUGUCAGUCUGCUGUGCUGGAUGAGUGGCUAGGUCCAAGUGGUCUGAUCCAUAAAAACUCAGAGAAAACAAUAGGCGAUGAUGAAAGUAAAUGUCUUGAGGAGAUGCAAGAGGAGAUAAUGGAGAAGAAAGCAACUCCAGUGGCCAGUGGGUGCAUCCCCUGUCCCACCGAUGAAGACAUUUUUUGGGAGAUACAGAACGAGGGGAUUGGGCCAGAGACAGAAGCCAAAGUGCAGGAAGGUGUAGUUCAAUCAAAAAGCCACAUGUUGAACACCGACAUGGUGGAGGGGGAUGCGUCUCAGGAAGACGUGGAGCUGAAGGGAGAGGGGAUUGGGCCAGAGACAGAAGCCAAAGUGCAGGAAGGUGUAGUUCAACCAAAAAGCCACGUGUUGAGCAGCAACAUGGCGGAGGGAGGUGCGUCUCAGGAAGAGGGGAUUGGGCCAGAGACAGAAGCCAAAGUGCAGGAAGGUGUAGUUCAACCAAAAAGCCACGUGUUGAGCAGCAACAAGGCGGAGGGAGAUGCGUCUCAGGAAGACGUGGAGAUGAAGGAAGAGGGGAUUAGGCCAGCGAUAGAAGCCAAAGUGCAGGAAGGUGUAGUUCAACCAAAAAGCCACAUGUUGGCUGAGGGAGAUGCGUCUCAGGAAGACAUAAAGAGAGAGGAUGGGGGAAUGACACCACCAGUUGCUCAGGGAGGAGAGUCUGCCUCAACUAAUGAUAACCAAGACACUGGUGUAGAGGCUUAUGUUGCUCAGGCAGAUUUAGAAACGCAUCCUCACACUGGGUCCAGUGAUCCCCAGGGAUGUCCCAUUACGGACUGCCUGGUCAUGGACCUGGGUGCCCUCCUUGCUGAGACCCAGACAUGUGACAGUCUCCCACAGUUUAAGACUGAGUCCCAACCAGAGAUGGAUGGGUGGCAUUUCCCAGUAGGGCAUGGGUUGGCAGACAUGGCACACCGCCCUUACUGGCAGUUCCCAGCCAUGAGCUACUAUCCAGCCCUACAGGAGAACACAGAGUUUAAAGUAAUGUGGCGAGUAUGGGAAGAUCUGCCUGGACCCCAAGCUGAAGCAGCUGUACCUCAGAUGAUUGACCAAGACCCAGACACUUUGUUUAAGUUCUCCGUCAUGUCCUACAAUAUCUUGGCUCAGGACCUACUGGAGGCAAACCCUGAUCUCUACCUACACUGUUCAGAUAAGGUGCUAGUCUGGAGCGCCCGUCUCAAGGGGAUUAUCCAGGAGAUUCAAGCCUGGCGACCAGAUAUUCUAUGUUUGCAAGAGGCUCAGGAAGACCAUUUCAAGAAACAGCUCCAACCUGUCCUCAGUGACAUGGGGUACAGCUGUGUGUACAAGCGACGGACAGGAUCCAAGACAGAUGGAUGUGCUGUGUGCUACCAGAACAAGCGCUUCUCCCAGCUCUCUGUGAGUCUGCUGGAGCUGCGCAAGGAGAGAUGUGAGCUGCUGGACCGCGACAAUGUGGCUAUUGUUUUACUGCUGCAGCCAAUCACCUCUCAAUGCCACGAUGAGAGGGGCACCCCUAUUUGUGUGGCCACUACCCACUUGCUGUUCAACCCCAGGAGAGGUGAUAUCAAGCUGGCCCAGCUGGUGCUGGUGCUGGCGGAAGUGGAUAAAGUGGUGAAACGCUGCAAGAUCAUGGGGCGAGACUGUGAGGUGGUUCUCUGUGGAGACUUCAACUCCCUCCCCAAUAUGCCACUGUACCAGUUCAUCAGCACUGGACAGCUCCAUUACCAUGGCUUACCAGCCUGGAUGAUAUCAGGACAGGAGGACCUGUCACACCAAACUCAUCCCAGAAGAGUUCUUGCUCCACUGUUGCCUAGCAGCCUCGGCAUCAACGACAACUGCCAGUAUGUAACUACGAGCAUGGCUAAGCCACCACCGCCAGGAGAAUUAAAGUACAAUCAUGACUACAUGCUCAAUCUACGGUACAGCCAGGCAGCUUGUGUGCGGCCAAAAGACCUGGAGCACAUACCUGGAGUUACAGACAAUGCACCUGAUCAACAUGAAAAGCAGCCAUGUGCUCUAACGUUCCGAAACACAAUCUGCCACUGUCUGAACUUGAAUUCUGCCUAUAGUCAUAUAAUCACUGGAACAGACAGGCCUGAGGUGACGACAGUACACUCCAGUGCUGGAGCAACAGUCGAUUAUAUCUUCUACACCGCAAGAAGUGAACAUAGCCGAAGCCAAACAGACAAAGGAGCGCGUGGAGGCCUGGAGCUGAUAGGAAGACUGUCUCUGCUGUCCGAGGCAGACCUGUGGUCUUUGAGAGGUCUGCCCAAUGAGAUCUUUACCUCUGACCAUCUCAGCCUAUUGGUCAAAUUUCAGCUGCGCAUCAGUCCACUCUGAUGUCACACAGAGAGGGAUUGUUAUGUGACUGUGGUUGGCCAUCAACACAGGAAAUGUAUAGAUUAAUGGCCUUAAUGGACAAUGGACAUGCACCACAUUUUAUACGUCAUGGCAUCAUGAUGGGUUCUGCAUAUUUCCAGUUCAAGUCGGAUGUUGAGACACAUCCUGUUAAGAUUUCAUCACAGUCUGUCCAUAUGUUUGUGUUCAGGCUGCAUUCAGAAAUGUACAUAAUUUCAGCAAGAGACAUUUUCGAUCCAGUUCGAUGGGGUUUUUUUUGUUCCUUUUUAACACAAUUUUAGAGUUGAGUUGAAAACUUCAGAAUUUUAUAUUUGCAGAGGUUAUUUGGAAUAUAGCUUAAGGAAAUGUUGAAUUGGCUCAUCAAUUUGAUAACCAUUAUUACAUCAAUGGAGCAGACUUCUGUUGCAGAAUGUACAUUCUAAACUUUUGCACUCCAAGGCAUCAAUGUCAAUUUUGUUUAAAAUAUUUAUAUAAUGAAGAUACAGACUUUCUAUUUCAGAUUGUAUGAACCUCAUGAAAGCAAUAUUGAAGUGAUUUUCUGACUUCUGAGCCACCCUGAUGUUUUGCGGCAAAAUGAUUUUCUUUGUUUUAUCAAUGGAAAUAAUUUGUUAAUAAACAUGUCAU